AUGGAGUUCUAUUAUAUUUUCAACGUUGCUCGUGGACAACGUUUCCAUAUUGAAGUUUCGCCGCAGUGGAAAGUACGCCAACUUCAAGAAAAUAUAGCGCAUUUGACGGGAAUACGCGUUGACGAUCAGGUUCUAUUGAAGGCAUGCGGUGAGAUUCUAGAUAGCGAACAUCUUGUACAAUUAAAUCCUUCUGAGAAUAAUCCUGAUGCUCCUGUUUAUCUUUUUCAACGAAGCAGCCGUCAUGAGAAAGAGGACAGUCGACAUUGGGACCAAGAAAUCAAUGAAAUCACUAGUAUAAUUGAUGUUUCCAUUGAGAAUGCAUCUCGUUCCGAGCAAGAUCCGGAUUUGCAUCGCGUCUAUCUAAAUAUCCCAUUACGAGCUCGUGAGUGUCGAACUGCAUCUCAAAAUGCUAUCCAUGCUUGUGCACGUUUUGCCGAUGAGCAUCGUCUCAUCCAUCAGGGUUGGAUGGCUCUUGUUAAUAAUAUGGAUGACUCAGUUGUUCGGCUUAAGAAAAGAGCUGCUAGAUUUCAACAUCAAGUUGAGAAGGUACGUCAACAAAGAGAGAAGGCUACCGAACUUUUACAAGGUUUCGAUGGAGUAAUAGAACAGCUCAAACAAAUCCGUCUUCCUGGUGCGCUGCUGGCUUAUUCUCGUGGGCAAUCAGACCGGUCACUCCAUUCCGAUCUCUCGCUAUAUGCAUGGAUUUCGGCCUCGGACCCUCAACACUCACUGCAGGAUCUCGUUGAGCAAGUAAAGGAACAGAUAAACAGCUUUGGCCAGUCAGAUGCAAUGUCAACUGUGCAAAACAUCGAAAAAGUGGUGGAAUUGUCCAAAGAUGUGAAUUGUCGUGAGAUCAAAGGAAUAAAUAAGAGAAUGAGUUACUUGGAUCACCACCUGCGACAAGCUGAAGAACGAGAUAGAGCUAUUAAUACGUUGACGUUGAAAAUAGUGGAAACUCCAAGUCGGAUUGAUCAGUCUUCACUUGAAGAAUUGUUAUCUGAACACCGCUAUUUGAUGAGUCAGAUUUAUGCGGAACUCAAAGAACUUCGUGUCAUAUGCAAUCAUUUCUUCAAAUCCAAAGUGGAAGUGCUAGGAAUUCUGAGGAUGCGCCUAAAUUCGUGGAUUGUUCGGGUUUACGAUCGUCUCCUCCAUGCGCACAAUGAAGUGCUUGUGUUUGAGGAGAAGUUCACAGGCUUAAAACAACGUCUUGACUUAGUUAGACAGAUUAAGGAAGCUCCGAUGAUGUAUGCCACUGCUGUUAGUGAAGUGGUUCGUCGUCGUACUUUUCACAAGGAAUUCGUUUCAUGGCAUUCUUUGCAUGUGGAUAAGUGUGUUGCUCUUUCUGACGAAGAAUCACAAAUUCGCGCUCAAUUUUCUGCAAAAAUGGAGAAACAUUUCCUCCGUGUGCUCUUUCAUGGUAUGUUUGAUUCACUGCCGACGUUUUAUGUGAAGUCGCUGCCGAAGUUCGAUGAAUCUCUGGGACCGAUUGAUAUUGACCAUCUUAAAGAAUUACGGAAUAGUGUUGAGGACUUGAAACAGUAUCUGAAAGUUACAGCACCUCAAGUGUUUUUCCGCCUCAGCGUUAGAGAUCCAUCUAUGCCCUCUCCGAUUGUGCAACAUGGGGUCAUGCGACGAGAAGAAAGCUUUUUUACUGCAGACCCGGCAUUUUCAUUGUCUACAUUGACGCGAAAUUUCCCUAGUACAAACUGGUUGAGUACUGAUGAUGGAAUGGAUUGUUCUCCUUCCACUAUGCCAACGUUGCUAAUGACAAAGUCUCCUCUUUCAAGAGUUGGCUCAUCUUCUAGCUUGAACAUGCCAGCGGCUCCAUCUCUAAACCAGUUGUCUAUGCUAGGUGAAGAGGACGAGAUACCCACCCAGUCAUCAUCGACUUCUAUUGCUAAAAGUGCACCAAUCCAGAUUCCUACUCCACAACCGCGGCAGAUGUCGGAGAAGUCUAGUCAGUUCAGUACUCCAGAUGACCAUUUUCAUACCGCGGAUCCAAUUGAAGAGCGGCAAUUUCCCGUCGAUGACUUGACUAGUCGAUCGCAAACUUUUUAUGAAGCACUCAAGCCCACAGUUGUGCAGAUUCUUUCAUUGUCAAAGGAUAUGCUCGAUCUGCGCGCUGAGUUAUCAAAAAACUACGAUUUCUUUAAGGAAAACCUCACCAAACUAGGAGAGUUAACUGGAUCAGCUCUUUCAGAGCGGUUAAAGCAAGUUAAGGAUUACUAUGACACUGAGCUAGCUAAAGCCAGUGAGGAGCAACAACGUUUUGCAUCCGAGUUACAACAUCAAGUUGUUGAGUACCACAAAUUAGAGGCUCUUCAUCAAGAAGUAAAAGAAAGUAUAGCUCAUGAUCUAGCAUUGCAGCAAAGCGAAAAGGAAAGACUUGUUGAAGAAGUGGUGCAUCUUGAGGAAAAAGUGAAGAAUGUGAGAAGUGAAACGUAUAAGGAAGGUAUAAUCGCUAUGGAAUUGGAGAAAAAUCGUCUGAGCACCGAAUAUGAGGAAAUCAUUGAGGCUAAAGAUGCCCAAAUGCGUGAGUUGCAAAAAGAGCUGGAGAAGAAGAAUGCGGAAAUUGUCCGACUGCAGUCUGAUCCAGAGAGCAAUGCUUUCAGGAAAAAUGUUAUUGCAGAGAUUCGUAACGAACUGGAAAAAGAGUCCAAAAGCAAACUGGAUUUGUUGACGAAAGGUAUUACACAAAAGAAAGAAGAAGAAUGUUCAAGGCUAAGAAAAGAGUUGGAGUACGAGAAAAGGAUUAUGGAAGUUGAGAAAAAUUCUUCUUUGAAAUGGCUCGCUGUUGAACGAGAUCGUCUAAAGGAAUACAUAGCAAAAACAUUACCAGACGGGGAGUCGGUGUGCAAAACUGUUGAAGAAGAAAUAAAUAAUGCAGCAGCUGCAGAACAAGGAGAAUACAGGGCAAUUUAUGGUUCAUCUACUGCAACACAAACAGACAUCUCGUAUCCACUGAUUGUUGUUCCAACUGAGGAAGGUGUUGUGAGCCAAUAUGGAGACAUGAGAGAAAGCGUGUUUGCCGUCGAAAAUCUCCCUAUUGCCGUAGAGGAGUCUGUAUUCAUACCUACUGAUGCGCCGAUUUCCGAAAGCGAACGAAAGGAGGUCAACGUUCAAACAAGAAUAGGCCUAAGAUCAAUGGAUCGUAUGGUGGCUGUUGAAGAUAUUGUUGAAGGAUCGACAGUGUUGGUGAUUUGGAAUGAUAGACACAACGCAUAUAUGUUGUUCAGCUCAUCGACUUACAGUCAUUUUGUGAAAGAGUCAUCAGUUCGCCGUCUCGGCCUAGCCACUACUCUUCCGAAUGUACCUCGCCGAAAUUGGAUACUCGGAAAAGUGUCCCAUCUUGAUCUCUGUAUAAUUCGUAAAGCAGAUAAUCGCUAUCGUCUGCCUGUCGACACACGGGUUUACCGCGUCGAUGUCGAACCUUUGGAGGGCAGAAUUCCGCGCGCGGACCGAACUUCGACGUGA